AGGGGAGCCCCCGGGACCCCCGGGACCCCCAGCAGCCCAGAGAAGGGGGAUCCCCAGAAUGGCAAAGUGAGGAGCCCAUAAAGGAAGGACCCCUGGGAUUCCCGGGAUCUCCGGCAGCCCAGAGAGGGCGGGAACCCUGGAGAGGGGGUUCCCCAAUACAUGUGAGACCUCCAGCAGCCCACCCAGGAGGGACCCCAGAACCCCAAAGUGGAUGGACCAGCGAGGGGGAACUCCACUGCUGAGAGGGUUGUUUUGGGCUGAAUCUUGGUGGUUUGGAGGUUUUCUUGGCCAGAAGCCGCCCAGUAACAUCUAGAGAUGGCCUUGGGCAGGAGGAACCCACAAGCCAAUGCACUCACACUUUGUUUUUCCCCACACAGCAGGAUUUCUCCUUCCCAAACCUUGGCCAGAUGGAGGAGGAGGCUGCGAGGAAGAGGAAGAUGCCCCAGGACCCCCAGGCAGGCCCCGAGCUGAGGACGGAGAGCCCGGAGGACAAAUCCCCCCGGCAGAGCCUGGUGGGAGAGGCCGUUUUGAAGGGCUCCACGGCGCAGGAAGGCAGCGGGGAGGGAAAGCCACGAAGGUAUCCCAGGAGGAGGGUCUCCAAAGCCAGCCCAGGGUGCUCUGAGGAGGAAAGACCCACCCUGUGCCGGGAAGGCGACGAGGGCUUGAGCCAGAGCCCUGACCUGGAUGUCCAUGAGCAGCCUCACACCAGGAAAAAGCCCUCCAAGUGCUUGGACUGUUGGAAGAGCUUCAGCCAGAGCUCCCACCUGAUCUGCCACCAGCGCACCCACAGCGGGGAACGGCCCUACAUGUGUGGGGAAUGUGGGAAGAGCUUCAUCUGCAGCUCCAACCUGAUCUGCCACCAGCGCACCCACACUGGAGAACGGCCCUACAAGUGCUUGGAAUGCAAGAAGAGGUUUCAGACCAGCGGGAAUCUCCUCCUGCAUGAAAGGACACACACAGGGGAGAGGCCCUUCCUCUGCACCCACUGUGGGAAGGGCUUCAUCCAGAACUCCCACCUCGUCAGCCACCGGCACAUCCACAGCGGGGAGAGGCCCUACAAGUGUGGGGAGUGUGGGAAGAGCUUCAGCCAGAGCUCUGCCUUGACCUCACACCAACGGACCCACCAGUAAGGGAAGCCCUAAAGGUGCCUCGACUGUGGGAAGAGCUUUGUCUGCUGCUCCAACUCCAUCACCCACUGGAGGAGUGAUGUCUUCCCACAUUGGGAAGACACCUGGCUGGUGGUCUCCACAUCCUCCUGGUUCCCCACAGGCACCUGGGUGAACACAGUGGGAGAAACAUCCAUGGGGUCACAAACUGACCUGGGAAAUUCAGUGGGAAGAGCUGAUUUGUUGAAUUUAAAACAAAGACAUUCAACAAAGACAUCUAAAGCCCCACCAUUUUACUGGCAUUUGGGGUCAUUUGGAGAUCCAGGGGAAUAUUUGGGAGGAUUUGGAGUUUCUGGUGGGAUGUGGGGGAGAUUACCCCAAAAAUGGGGGUUCCCAGCCUGGGCAAACGGGGCCACAUUCUCGUAGUUGUGCCAGCAGUUCAUGUCCCCCUGAUCCUGUCUGUUCUCCAGGAACUCCCCUUGGCUGUUCCAGUGCCUGGCCUGGGUCUCCCCACACGGGGUGUCCCCCCCAGGUGCCCAAAUCUCUGCUGAAGUGCCUGAGCUGCUCCCAGUUGGAGAUGUACCCGGGCAGGAACCUCUCCCGGUCGGGGCCGUUCACUCGGCUUUUCCCAGGACCUGGAACAGCCCUGGGUGUGCAGGGACACAGGUCAGGGGGUGCCCCCCCAGCAGCCCUCAGCCCCCCCAGCAGGUUGGGAGCUCAGGGGGCCACCCCGGACCCCCCUUUCCCACCCUCAUCUGCCCCACAGCUGCUGCAGCACCAGUUACUGGGUGGGGGAGUCCCCCCAUCAGCCCCCCAGGGACGGACAGGGGGCUUGGGCACCUGUGCACAAUCGUCACCAGAGCAAGCACACAAAGGGUUACAGAAGCAGUGGACAUUCCCAGGGCGGAUCUGCCCCCUCCCAGAGCCCCAGGGAACCGCUCCAGGGCUCAAGUGAUGGGGGACAGGGGAGACCCAUGUGGGAACCCCCUGCCCUCUGUCCCCCUGCCCACUGUCCAACACCCCUUUUCUCCCCUCUCCCACCCUUUUCCCAUCAUCCCCACCGUCCCCAGCUCCCCCCCAGCUCGGUUUGGGGGUGUUUCUUCCCCGUGCCCUGCUCGGUUUCACAGUCUCAGCCCCCUCCUCGCUCACUUUGGAGGUCCCAGCCCCCCUUUUCUCCCGUUCUCCCCCCUUUUCCCAUUGUCCCCUGAAAGGCAGCUGUUAAAUAUUGGGUGCUGAAAAAGCUGCUCCAUCGUGUCCAUUCCAAAUUAAGCCUGCAUUUCUUAGGAGGGACUGGCAUCCA